GACCACACUUUCUGAAAGACCAUGGACGCGUUCAUCACGUAAAUUUAUUAAAUCUGCAUGUUCGGGAGAGCAACAGCCGUUAGAUGAGUCCCUCCUCAUUUUCUAAAUGUUCUUGCAGUUCAAGAGCAGUUAGAGUUUGAAAGGAGACUGUGAAAUCAAAAGCCAUAGUGUGGAAAGACAUAUGAAAACCUCCCUGGGUCUAAAUUCUCGCUGGCCAGCGGAGACUGUGAUGUUUGUAUAUGACAGCAACCUAGAAGACCUCAACAAGAACAUGGAGGGUCUGGUGGGCAGCGGAAACUUUGCUGUAGCCACUGCGGCGAGUCAGUGCCGCAACCUCAUGGCCCAUUCUGCGGCUGCGGCCGCUUUCGGAGGACACGCCUCUAACCUGGUGCAUUCCUCAGCUGGUUACUCUACAGUGGACGUUUCCACCUCAAGCUCCAGUGAGACUACUGCAUCAGGAAAACAAUGCGGGGCCGGACCCUGCCCCGCAGCUGCCGUGCCGCACCAGAGUUCAUCGGCUGCAACGGCGUUACCAUACAGUUACUUUGGCAACAGUUACUAUCCCUGCAGGAUGGGAAGAAGCUCUAUUAAAUCAUGCACACAGGCGACUGGAGCUGCGCUCAGCUCGCAGUACAUGGAUACUACAGUGAACCCUGACGAGUACCCAAACCACCGGGCCAAGGAGUUCACAUUUUACCACGGCUAUGCCAACCCCUAUCAGUCCAUGGCCAGCUAUCUGGACGUAUCAGUUGUCCAAACACUUGGUAGCGGAAAUCCACGCCAUGAAACCCUUCUUCCCAUGGACAGCUACCAGCCAUGGGCUCUGACCAACGGCUGGGGAGGGCAGAUGUACUGCUCAAAGGACCAGGCACAGGCUGGACACCUCUGGAAGACCGCUCUUGCUGAUGUGGUGGUGCACCAACACGAAGGCUCGCCUUUCCGCCGGGGGAGAAAGAAGCGGAUACCGUACACAAAGGUCCAGCUCAAAGAACUGGAGAAGGAAUAUGCAGCCAACAAGUUCAUCACGAAGGACAAGAGGAGGAAGAUCUCGGCCGUGACUAACCUUUCUGAGCGCCAGAUAACCAUCUGGUUCCAGAACAGGCGAGUGAAGGAGAAGAAGUUCGUUGCCAAAGUGAAAAGCAGCGCGCAGUAGCACACAGCUUUCAGCUCUGUGGAUUUUAUUGCGGACUUCAGUGUUUACCAUAUUAUAAAACAAAGAGAAGUGGGGUGAACCUAAAAUACACAAGAGAAAACAUGAGAAUAAAAUGACGGAACUUGGCUACCGGAAGGGGGACUGUGAGGGACUAAUGUACUCAAAUAAAAAUGAAAAAGCUCAAAAAAUGUAAUCAAAGCCUUCAGAUGAACCUUCUUGGAGGCACUUUGUAAAUACUUCCGCUUUCUGCCUGCUUUCAAGUGACUCCCUGUAGAUGUUAGUUUUUCUCAGCUGUUCGUGUGGUCGGUGCUCAGAUAUACUGUAGCUCGGUGUAUAGUGGUAUGCUUUGUACAUUGUCAAUAGAGGAAAGCAGUUAUCGCAACAAACUUUAACACCUAAUAAAUUCCUGUAACCCCAA